CUGCCAGAACGGCCUUUGAUUUCCCAGGAUUUGAAGGCAGUCGCCUGGACGUCUUGAGGACAUCUUGUGUUGGCCUUUCUUUUUGGUGGUGGUCGUUGCUACUACUGAUAGUCAGUUGUGCUUUGUCCCUUGGCCUUGGGACCCAAUGGGAAAGGGAUAAAAAAGGCUUUUGUCUGUGUUGGCAAUAAAGGCCUACAACCGGACACAAAGGUUGUUGCGAAGGCCCUCAUGAGGAAACUGAUUUAAUUAUUCGGUUCCUAAAAGUGGAGCACCCAUCCCUACAGCCUUCAUCCCGCAUGCCAUUCCCGUUCCACGUCAAAAACCACGCAGUUUCUGACAACCACCACUGAUGGUUACCCAGGUACUCAAGGUCGAUGCCAGAGUGUCUGGUCGAACCACAGGAUCGGUGUUGUUGGUUGGUACAUCCCAUUAGAGGGAGUUGGAGAGUGGCGGGCUAAACUGAAUGAAUUGAAUGGACUACUAAAAGAACUUCAAAGCCCUGAUUGGAGGAGGAGGAUUUCACACUUUCCAAUGGCACCUACCUACCUACCUACCUAGCUACGCAUCUGCUGCUCAUUCUGCUCCUAAGGAUGGAAUGAAUGUUUUGCUUCGUCAACGUUGAUAUCGGCCGUUUGAACUCUGAACAUUCGGCAACAAGACAGUCACAUCCAUCGGCAAACAUCAUGACCCUACGGUAUGAUGAGGGCCGGGCCCCUAGAUACGGGGAUCAUGUUCCAUCUAAGCGUGUUAUCCGCCCAAUCCGCCAAGGCACGCCUCAUACCCACCCAAACCAGCUAUUGGACACAGAUCUACCCCACGACGACGAAUCUCAUGAACGAAUCUCCCCUUUACGUUCUACUAAUGCGGAAAAGGUCCAACAGAAAUUCAACCAAAGUGGCCGUGUGGUCAAGAUGGAACGCGGCAUCUCUAAGGCCUCAGAAAACGAAUACAUCAUCAGUCAAGCCCGAUCCCAAGUUGAAAACGAGUUCCAGCCGAGUCCGGAUUCGCCCGAUAGCACCCCGGGCGUGUUUCAUAGCGGUAUCACCGCUUGUGGCUUCAUCGAUACCCCUGUUUACACUUUUAUCCUACCUGACCUCACCAUCUAUUCCGAGGAUUACCGCGGGUUUCUGGAGAAAGACCUCAUCGAAUUGUCGUCCUUGAUUUCUUUGGAGCAAAGUGGACGCUUGAACUGGUGGGCCGAGACCGGGACGUGUCAGCGACUCUGGCCCUUGGCCACGACGGGCGAUGGCAACUGCCUCCUCCAUGCGGCCUCCCUCGGGAUGUGGGGGUUCCACGAUCGCCUACUGACCCUUCGGAAAGCACUCCAUUCAUUCCUGUCGUGCAGUGAAGCCUCAGCCGCCAUCUAUCGUCGCUGGCGAUGGCAAUCUCAUCGUCAGAACCUUCAGUACGGACUUCAUUUGAGCGAGAAGGAAUGGGAGGACGAAUGGAAGUCCGUGCUCCGUCUGGCCUCUUCCGAGCCUCGGCACGGGUCUUCGUGUUCGUCCGGUUCUUCCGCGUCUUCGUCUGCCAUGUCCAUGUCGCCCACAUCGUCCAAUCGUCGGUGGUCCCGAAUCAGCCUAGUGGCAAUGGGGGGCGAAACCGAUUUCAAAGGAGUGGACGGUCAACCUCAAACUCUCUAUGAGAGUCUGGAAGAGGUCCACGUUCUGGCUUUGGCCCACAUUCUUCGGCGUCCCAUUAUAGUGGUGGCUGAUGUGGUCCUGCGAGACAUGAAUGGCGAGGCCUUGGCUCCGAUUCCGUUUGGAGGCAUCUACUUGCCCUUGGAAUGCUCCGCCAGUGAGUGCCACAAGAGCCCGCUCCUGCUGACCUACAACGCCGGACAUUUCUCGGCUUUGGUCUCCAUGCAAACUGAAGAUGCGGAUGAGAAUAGCUGGAUGCCAGCCGUGAUUCCUUUGACCGACUCGAAUCAUUCCCUUCUUCCGCUUCACUUUGCGGUUGAUCCUGGGCCGGAUUUCAUCUGGGACCAAGAUGAAUACCAGGAAGAGGUGGUGCAUAGCCUCACCCUCCAUCCCAACGUUCAUGUGAACUUGGUGAAUGCUUAUCUGGAAAUUGUCAAAGUGGCGUUACCCGAGUAUUUCCUCGACCCGCCCAACACGAUGGGCCAUGCCAACUCCAAGACCACGAAACAAGCCCUGUCCGUGGCCAAGCAGUUCGGGAGCAUUGGCAAGAAGUUGAAGAAGAACCUGGGGAAAUUGGCGCGCAAUUCGUCAUUCCGCGGGGACGCCAAAGAUGGAAAUAAUUCUGUUGUCAGACAAUCCACGCGGCUCCAACAGAAGAUUGUGUCCGGAAGCCAAAGCUUCAUAUUGGCCGCGUUUAUCCAUACAAAUUCGCCAUUACCAUAUCAGAACGAAAUGGUUGAGAAUUACCUUCUGGAUGCUCGCCGCCGAUUUGAAUUGGAUAGGGAAUUAAAGGCCAAACAGCGCGAGGAGCAAAUCGAGUUGGAAGAGAAGCGGAAGCGUGAAAUCUUCCUCAAUGGCGGUUACAUUGAUUGUCUCACCCCGGGCUGCUCAGGCCAAGGGACCUCGGACCACGGCUACCUCUGCAAAAGCUGCUUCACCAAGCAGAAGAAUCUCGCCAAAAAUGGAGAUCUGGCCAGCAAGCAUGGCAACUCCAGAUUCUACGUGGGAAUUGCGGCGUCAGAGGGCGACGAGAUUGACGGCCACGUGGUGAUGCCAUCGUCCACAUCCAUGACGGUCAAAUUGCCCGCUGAGAAUGGAAUACCGUCCAUUUUGAAUGGCAGUCCUUGUAAAUCCUCGGGAUGUGACUUCUUUGGAUCGGCCGAGUUCGAUUUCUUGUGCUCGAAAUGCUACAGCCAGAUGAAAAAGCGAUGACAUUACAUAAAACACAGAUGAUCCUAUUUUUUCCAGGACUAGACGAUAGUCAUCUUUUGAAGUUUUGCCCAUUUUGAAACGAUAUAUUUAUUUUUUAUUUCCAUGUCUUUGACUGCGAAUACGAGUGUCAUUGGUGUGCUGCAUGAUGGUUCGGUCAGUCCCAACGGACGCUCUUAUCGCAAACAACCAGUCACCCCUUGCUUUCAGAUGAAACUUCAUCACGUACUAGUAGAAUAAUUUACCUAGUUAUGCACUCUCUACAUUGAAACCAUGAUAAUUCCAGCAGUUAUAAUUACUACCAUUAUUACCAUUACUUUGAUCAGCUUACUUGUAGGCAAAAGCCCAAUGAAAGCCAUCACGAUUCCAAAGAGGUUACUCCGAUUGUAAAACUCAAGUUCCUGCAUACCUACACGAUAAAGGAAAAACGAAAAAAAAAAUACCCUUCAUAUCAUGAUAAUUUAUUAGACAGUAAUAAUAAAGCCACACAACAUCGCGUUGAGAACAUGCUCAGGACGUCCCCAAAGAGAUCUUAAUUUUUGGAAACCUCUAGUCAAGAAAUCCAGAUGAGAACAUCCAUUCACUAUAAACAACGUAUGAAUUGUCCAUGAGAUGAAAAUAACAAGUGAAUAAAUCCAUGUACCGUAUAUA